CUUCAAGAAGGAGGAUGAGGACAAAAAUUGACUUAUCGGUAUCUUAACCCGCGACUCUCUCUUCCUUUCUAUAAAAGCCGAGACACCUCUUAUCAAAUAUCAUCGCCGUUUCUAUUUCUUUUUUCUUCGUCAUUUCAAACUUCGAAAGCCAUGUCUCAGACCGUUGUCCUGAAGGUUGGUAUGUCAUGUGAAGGCUGUGUUGGAGCAGUCAAGAGAGUGUUGGGCAAAAUGGACGGUGUGCAGAGUUUUGAUAUCAAUUUGAAGGAGCAAAAGGUGACUGUGCAGGGCAAUGUGCAGCCUGAUGCUGUUCUUCAGACUGUGUCAAAGACUGGGAAGAAGACUGCGUUCUGGGAAGAGGAGACACCAGCAGCAGCACCAGCGCCAGCGCUGGCAGAACCAGAAUCAAAGCCUACUGAACCAGAAUCAAAGCCUACCGAAGCUGUCGCUGCUUCUUAAUGUCAGCAAUCCAUUUGCUUUGUGGGAAUACAUCUUUUAUUAAUGGUUUGGACCUCGGUGAAUUUACUAUGAAUUUGUGUGGACUGUCAAAUAUGUAUUGCACUUCAACUUUGAAGCUACAAUAAGUUCUUGAGUGCUUUUCUUCUGUAUUAUCAUCUAAACAAAAUACAAGUUCCUUUAGAUAUUUUCAUGUCUUG